AUGGUAUUUGGGAAAAAGAGAAUAUACGAGAUACUCUCUUCUGAUAGUGAUAGUGAUCAAAAUUCUACAAGUGACGAAGAAAUUCCUCAAAGUCUACCUCAACCACAAGUGAAAAAUUCAUCAACUAAAAGUCACUCAACCAAUGAAACAACCAAACCUCCUUUAGCCCAAGAAGUGAUAUACACUGGGAAAAAUUGUGGCAUUCAAAGAUGUGCAACAUUGUUGAAUGACAGAGAAACUUAUGAAAUAAUAAGAAAAAAGGUUCAAGAAGUAGAGGAAUCUGGUGCGACUCCAUCUUUGAAGUGUUCUACCCUCAGAAAGAAAGAAAAAGGGGUGUGUUCCAAGUCUCUUGAAGAAGCUUUCCAACUUUUGGGAAGAGAUGAUGUUGAUAUGAAUGUGAUGAAAGGACUAUGUGCCAAUGGAAUUCCUUUUAAUGUUUUGAAAAAUCCACAAUUUGUGGAAAUUGUUAUGGCUAUUAACAAUGGUCCUAAAGGCUACAAACCUCCCUCUUUUGACAAGGCAAGAACGGUUUUAUUAGACGAGUGUAAAAGACACGUUGACAAAGAUUUAGCUCCUAUCAAGGAUACAUGGUUUCAUCAAGGGGUCUCCAUUGUGUCAGAUGGCUGGAGUAAUGUAAAACAUAUGCCACUAAUUAAUCUUCUUACUGUGAAUAGUAGAGCUACUAUGUUUUUAUAUGCCGACGACUUUUUUGGAGUUGAAAAAACUGGAGUUGCUAUUGCUGAAUAUUUGAUUAAAGCCAUUGAAGAAAUCGAACAAUAUAAUGUUCUACAAGUGGUGACCGAUAAUGCUGCAAAUUGUAAAGCUGCUGGGAAGGAAAUACAAAAGGUUCUAGCUAUGUAUAGAGCAAAUUCUAAGCUUGAAUUGUUGAAAGUAGCAAAGACUAGAUUUGCCUCGCAUUACAUUUUACUUAAGCGACUACUUGUGUGUAGAGAAGCACUUGCAACUACUAUUGUGUUGAACAGUUGGAAAGAAUGGAUUAAGCAAGGAGAUGAAAACACAAGAAAAAUAGGUGCUUUAGUUGCUGAAACUAUUGGUAGUGAUUUUUUUUGGGAAGAAGUUGAGCAUGUGGUUAAGAUAACAAAACCCAUUUAUCAUUUGAUUAAUUUUGCUGAUGGCGAAGGGCAAAAAAUGGGAGAAUUUUAUGAGAAAAUGGAUUCUAUGCUUGGGGAAAUACAAGAGAUUAUGAAAACAAAUAAAUAUGCAAACUGUUAUUCUGAAAUGGAAACAAUUGUUAUUGCAAGAUGGACCAAAAUGAAUUAUACCAUCCAUUGUUUAGGUUUUUUUAUUAACACCUAG